UAUUUUAGCAAUGGAUAUAAUGUCAUAAUGACCUCUAUGCAUAUGAGACAAGGAGGCGAGAUCGAAGCCGCAGCGCCCGCGAGGUCGAUCUGCGAGAAGGCAUAGAGAGUGAGGGCGUAAUACGAAGAGCAGAACGAUGGGGUGGAUUGGGGACAACUUGGAGUCCAUCCGUUCUUUACAGAUCCGGCAAGUCCUGACACAAGCUGUGAGCCUAGGCAUGAUUGUAACUUCGGCGCUGAUAAUAUGGAAGGGGCUUAUGUGUGUUACCGGAAGUGAGUCCCCUGUUGUUGUAGUUCUCUCUGGAAGCAUGGAACCGGGGUUCAAGAGGGGAGAUAUACUGUUCCUGCACAUGAGCAAAGAACCUAUUCGCGCUGGAGAAAUUGUUGUGUUUAAUAUUGAUGGACGUGAGAUUCCAAUUGUUCAUCGUGUGAUCAAGGUUCAUGAGAGGCAAGAUACCGGAGAAGUGGACGUUCUCACCAAAGGUGAUAACAAUUUCGGUGACGACAGACUUCUUUAUGCUCAUGGUCAACUUUGGCUUCAGCAACAUCAUAUAAUGGGGCGUGCUGUAGGGUUCUUACCAUAUGUUGGAUGGGUUACAAUUAUAAUGACUGAAAAGCCAAUUAUCAAGUACUUGCUGAUUGGGGCGCUGGGAUUGCUGGUUAUAACCUCGAAGGAGUAGAAUAUAUAUUUUGCAGAUUUACCCGGAAUUGUUCUUAGAGCUUUGAUUUCGCUCAGGCUGUUGUAAAACUACAAAUUGCCAUUUUGAUGCAUUACUGGAUCAUAGAAAUAACUUAGAUCCAUAGAUCUGAUUUUGCACUUGAGGAUGUUAGGGUGGAAACUAUAAUUUUAUUAAAAAUGUGGAAAGAUAUGCAUUUUUUUUUUCUCUUUUUU